ACCAGUCGACACUGAACGCCGCUUGUUAAUGGCUGAGAGGUCGCUAAAUGUUAGUGAAUUUCACCGCUUCCCCCUGUCAGGCCUGUACAGGAACUGAGUCCCGGGGCUGACCUGAGCGGUUUAACCGAGAUCGGGAGGCAGGUUCCCGGUCAAUACUUUAUGGUUGUACCUGGAUAUUUAAAAAAAAAAAAAAAAAAAAAAAAAAGUUACUUUUUGUUUGUUUCUUGUUUGAACAGCGUGUGACCACCUGUUAUAGGUUGUAUAGCAGUGGUUAUGCAAGGAAAUGUAAUUAAUACUGAGUGAUUCCACAGACCGGUUAUUAGAAGCAUUGGCAUCACUCCUGGUCUGUGUUUCAAUCCAUGUUCUGUAUCGUUAAUUGAAACAAUUAAACCUCCACCGGACCUUUAAGCAGAUCCAUCUCUCAUUUUCCGCGUUAAACUGGAGUGGAAUUACCCUCCAACACCGCGAUUGUACACAAGCCUGUGCUUUAACUGAGGGUUUUAUUUUGUGUUUUGUUUUUGAAGACGUGUCUGUAAGAACCUAGUAAAAUAAAACAUACAUUUGCAGAAGUACUGCAGAUUUUGAGUGGCAGCAAAAAUGGAGCAACAAACCCAGCGCCGGACAAAGAGAACAUCUGACAAUAACAAAUACAGCAAGGAUGCAAUGAGUGACAUGCGGCACUCUCUGCUCCGCAGGGAUGCGCUGAGUGCUGCGAAGGAGGUGCUGUACCACCUCGACAUCUACUUCAGCAGCCAGCUGCAGAAUGCCUCCGUCCCCAAUGUGGAGAAAGGAACCAUUGAACUGGUGGAAGAAUUCAUAUUUCAUGUUGCUAAAGAACGAAACGCUCAGCCGAAGAGGCUGAACUCCUUACAAGAGCUGCAGCUGCUGGAGAUCAUGUGCAGCUACUUCCAAGAGCAGAGCAAGGACGCGGUGCGGCAGGUCAUCUUCUCCACCCUCUUCAGUCCCCAGGGGAAUAAGGCGGACGACAGCCGACUGGCGAUGCUGGGCAAACUAGUCUCCAUGGCUGUGGCUGUCUGCAGGGUCCCAAUCUUAGAAUGCGCUGCCUCCUGGCUGCAGAGAACCCAUGCCGUCUACUGUGUCAGGCUGGCCAGGGUCCUGGUUGAUGAUUACUGCAGCUUGGUGCCGAUGUCAAUUCAGACUCUCAAGCAGAUCUUCAGUGCCAGCCCUAGAUUCUGCUGUCAGUUUAUCACUGCCGUCACUGCGCUGUACGAUCUCUCCACAGAUGACCUGAUCCCUCCUCACGACCUGCUCGAGAUGGUCGUGGACUGGAUCUUCGAGGACCCCAGGUUAACCCUUGUCACCUUCCUCAACACGCCCAUCGUGACAAACCUCCCGCUGGGCUGUCUGGAGCUCACUCCCCUGGCUGGCCUGGUGCGUUGGUGCGUGGAGUCUCCUCUGUCCUACAAGAGGAACAGGAAGCCCUCGCUGUCCAACGGCCAUGGUACCAGCAGCAAGCUCUCCUCUGAGGGCGUGGAGGAAGGCAAGGGCGAGGGGGACUCCCAGCAGCCCCUCUACUCCAAGCUGCACCUCAGCGUACUGCAGGUCCUCAUGAUGGUCCAAGUGCACUUGGCUGAGAAGGACCUGUACGGGCGCUUCGGGCUGCUCAUGUUCGAGCACGUGGUGCAGCUGGUGGAGGAGCUUAGUAGACUGGUGGAAGAGCUCAAUCCUCUCAACGCUGCCAGGGAGACAGAGCUGUCCUUGGACAGGCUGGCUCAGUCGCUGCAAGUUGCCAUGGCCUCCGGGGCUCUGUUGUGCACCAGAGAGGACCUCAGGCCACUGUGUUCUAGGCUGCCCCACAACAACCUGCUUCAGCUGGUCCUGUCGGGGCCUGUCCAGCAGCCAGCCCCACACGCUGCCCUCCCGCCCGGGUUCUACCCACACAUCCACACACCUCCACAGGGCUACCCAGCCCUCUCAGUGCACCCCACACACCCAGCCCUCCCGCUGCACCCCGCCCACCCCACACACCCAGCGCAGACAUUUCUACCAGGAAUGGCCUUUCCAUACAGACCCAUCCGCUAGCAGCAGCAGCAGCAGCAGCAUGUGUCCCCUGGAACGCGCUGCACACAUUGCUAGAAACAUCCCAUCUGGACAGCUUGUCAGCAGAGACGUCGAUGCAGACGUUGCUGUGACUUGUACAAUAGCAAAUAAAUGAAACUUGCGUGUUCCGUUUUGUAUUUGUCUUGCUGGAAGGUUGUAAUAAAGUUUUA